AUGAAGUUCUUCGUUGCUGCCUCUCUCCUCGCCGUGGCCUUCGCUGCCCCUGCUGAGCUCGACACCCGCACCGACCGCCCCGUCUGCCCCAACGGUCUCUUCUCCAACCCUCUUUGCUGCGCUACCGAUGUCCUCGGUGUUGCCUGCCUUGACGGUGGUGCUCCCGACCAGACCCCCCGCGAUGGCCGCGACUUCCGCGACAUCUGCGCCAAGAAGGGCCAGCAGGCUCGCUGCUGUGUCCUCCCCGUUGCUGGCCAGGGCGUUCUCUGCACCUCCGUUGUCGGCACCAACUAA